GUGCCCCUCCCGUAUCAUCCGCCCCGCGGUCACGUCGCGCAUCCGUAUAGGUUAGAGAGUAUCUCGUUCACCGGAACGACCGAGACGACAGCGACGGCGACGACGGCGGUGACGACGACGUUGACGGCGAUGGUAAUUCGCGAGCGACGACGUGAAAUGACGUAACGAGACUCGCAUGAUUCCGCGAGAUAUCGUUCCGCGUGAUUUGUGCGUAUUUGCGUCUCACGUUCACGUAGAUCCGCGUUCGGCUUCUUCGAGCGACCACAUGCUCGUUGCACUUCCCGGGGAUGUACUCCUCGGCGUGCUCCUCGGCGUGUUCCCGCUAUUGUGAUAGUCGACUUCGUUAAAGGACGUCCGCUUUUUUUCCUCGAGCCGAAACGACGGAUGAUGCAAUUGCGCGACGUUAGAUAAUAUUAACGCAGGAAUAUUGUUGGGGUGAGAAUCGCGCCGGAAUACGCAUGAUAAUAUUCGCCAAUAUUGUAUGCAGCAAGAAAACAUGGAAGCCGCAGUGGUAGAAGUUCUACGACAGGCGGUCAGUCAGGAUCCCAAUGUCCUUAAGUCUGCGGAGGAAACACUGAAGCAAUGGGAGACUCAGCAGGGAUUUUAUAUAGCGUUAUAUAAUGUUCUUUCAAAUCAUUCCUUGGCUAUUGAAGUUAGAUGGAUGGCUGUAGUAUAUCUUAAGAUUGGAGUCGAGAGAUACUGGAGGAAAAAUGCACCAAAUGCGAUUGAAGAUAAUGAGAAAGAAUUUCUGCGCCAGCAUCUGCUUAGAAAUUUUGAUGAACCUAUGAGUCCAUUAGCUAUACAAUUAGCAGUCCUGAUAUCCAAAAUAGCAAGGUAUGAUUGUCCUAGAGAGUGGGGUACAUUGGUACCAACAUUGUUGGAAGUUAUAAGGCAGGAAAAUCCAUUGGCACAGCGACAAGCGGUGCUAACACUGCAUCAUGUUGUCAAGGCUUUGGCGUCUCGACGCUUGCCUGAAGGACAAAGGAUCUUCCGAGAAUUGACUGCAUCAAUGUUCAAUUUUAUUCUAAAUCUAUGGAAUACUUAUACUGAAUCCUUCCUGAUAAUGGCGUCUAAUGGAGCCGACGCUAGUCAGACACGAGAAACCUUAGACAAAGCACUUCUACUCUUAAGAAUACUUAGGCAACUGAUCGUAAAUGGUUUUUCUAAGCCAUCCGAAUCUCAAGAUGCCAUGUUGUUUCUGAAAAUCGUUUUUGAACGUGCAAGGACCUGUCUUGAGUGCCGAAAAACUUUAGCUUCUAGAGGAAUACAGGUGGACGUGUGCGAAAAGUUUAUAAUACAUUUGACCAAAGUUUUAUUAGGAGUUUUAGAGAUGCAUCCGUUUUGCUAUGUGGAACUUAUACCGACUUCUUUAGAGUUCUCCGUUUUUUACUGCUUCACAGAAGCUGGCCAAGCGUUAGCAUUUGAAAGAUUUGUUAUUCAGUGUCUAAAUUUAGUAAAGAUGAUUUUAUUAUCGACGUGGUACAGACCAGCUAAAAUUAUCGAAGAGACGAAAAAUCCAUUAGUUUUGAGGGCGUGCCAAUUGAGGCAAGAAUUUUUUACACCAGAAACAUUAACGGAGAUUUGCUCCAGGCUUGUCACACAUUAUUUCAUUUUGACAUCUGCGGAUCUUGAAAUGUGGGAUACUCAUCCAGAAAAUUUCGCUAUUGACGAUGGCGGAGAAUCAUGGAAAUAUAGUUUGAGGCCUUGCACAGAGUCCUUAUUUUUAGCGAUCUUCCAUCACUUUAGAGACAUUCUUGCUUCAGUACUAGUUGAUCUAAUGCGACGGCAUCAUCAACCUGUCGAUCCUAACAACUUGCCUGCGAUUCUAGUGAAAGAUGCAGUUUAUCGUGCAGUUGGUCUGGCUGCAUUUGAUUUGUAUGACGAGGUAAACUUUGAUCAAUGGUUUUCAACAACUUUAAAAGAAGAAUUAAAGAACCGAAAUAAUAAUUAUAGAAUUAUAAGAAGACGCGUGUGUUGGUUGAUUGGCCAAUGGACGAAUAUCAAAUUAAGUGCAGAUUUAAGGCCGGAGUUGUACAAACUCAUGACGGAAGCAUUGAACCCUGAAGAGGACUUGGGAGUUCGUUUAGCAGCGAGCAAUGCUUUGAAACAGGCAAUUGAUGAUUUCCAGUUCAAUUCGGAGGAGUUUUCUCCCUUUUUAGAACCAAUCUUUUUUCGACUUUUUGCACUCCUUAAGGAAGUAAACGAGUGCGAUACAAAAAUGCAUGUGUUGUAUGUGCUGUCUUUUAUCAUCGAGCGUGUUGGUAGUGAAAUUAAGCCGCACGUUGGUGCACUGAGUUCGUAUCUACCUGAACUUUGGCAGCAAUCUGAAAUAUACAAUAUGUUGAGGUGCGCCAUAGUAUCGACUCUGAUACACUUGGAAAAGGCUUUAGGUUCCGAGAGUGUUAUUCUGGAGCCAUUAGUGGUAGGUGUCGUGGCUCUGAGUGUUGAUGUUAAUCAAGAGGGACAUGUUUAUUUGUUAGAGGACGGAUUAGAAUUGUGGGUAGCCUUACUGGAAAACACGCCUACCCCGACGCCAGCUAUAAUGGAUCUCUUCAGAAAUAUGCCAGCAUUAUUGGAUCAAUCCACGGAAAAUCUGCGUUUAUGUUUGUAUAUAAUUCAGGCGUACGUGUUAUUAAGUCCGCAAGAUUUCUUCACUCAGAGGGGUUCGGUGAUCAUCGAAUCGCUGAAAACGCUUUUCAAUGAUUUGCGGACAGAGGGUAGAGUAAUGAUGUUGAUAUUAUUUGAGAUCUGUCUUCGAGCUUCCCCUCAGCAGGGUGCAGAACUGUUAAAACCCAUUUUGCCAAGGAUAUUUGAGAGAGUUUACAAUGAUGACGAUGAGACACAGGCGUCGGCUAUGGCCAUGUAUACGUCUAUAGUUGCGAGAGUUUUAUUAAGUUCCCGUGAUAUUUUUGUACAGAUAAUCAACGAUCUAGCGCAGACGAUAGGAACUGAAACGAGGGACGUUGUACUUGGAAAACUGGUGCACAAUUGGGUCAGUACGAUGCCAAUGGUGACACAGACUGAAAGGCGCAAACUAUUAGCUCUUGCGCUCUGUUCUUUCCUCGGGACAAACAGUUCACCGGUUCUCGAAUAUUUUCCACACAUAAUAUCGAACAUUGUCGAGACACUCAACGACAUCACCAAGUUUGAUGAUAUGGGUUACCCUGUCGAUUCCUUAAUGGUUACUGAUCAACCCAGUCCUUCGCAGUAUGAGAAUGUAGAUUAUGAAACUGAACAUGCUCAACGACAAAAGAGACUCGUCUUCAGUGAUCCUGUACACAGUAUAUCUUUAAAAGAUACACUCCAAAGUCAGUUGAUCACGUUGCGAAGUAUAGUUGGGGAUCAGCAAUUUGAUCAAUUGUUGGCUACUCUUAAUCCCGAGAUCGAAGAACAACUCAAGGACUACAUAUCGCUGUAAGGGAGAAUCAAGAUCAAAACGCAGGAUGUUCGACAAAUGCUACAUAAUGUACGAAGCUUUGCGGCGCUCCACUAUAAAACGGUACUAUUUUAUUGUAUAAUAUUACCAUCUGUUUCAUUGUACUAAUAACGAUAAUAAAAGUAAUCUUUGGCCUUGUUUGUUUCUAAAA